ACACCCGGAAGUGAGACGCUGCUCUCCUGCAGCUCUGCGUCCCUCUCCGAGUUCAGCCGUUCAUCAUGACUGUCCACCCUCCAGUGUGCGGAAAAAGGACUACGUAGAUGCAUCCGCCACGUCGAUGUGAUGACAGGUUUCGACACGUAGCUGGGAAACGUGCCAUGUGUUGUGGGAGUCGGACCACCACGUAGACGCUCCACUGUAGGCCUCAACCCCGCCGGUACCACCAUGUCCCGGUCGAGUCGGCGAUACAAGCCCCUCCAGGUCAACCACGGCGGUGGUCCGAUCUCCGGCUGCGACCGCAUCCGCAUGCCACGGGCCCGCGUGCUCAUCUUCUGCCUGAUCGCGGUGCUGAUGCUGGCCGUGAUUUUAGGGAUCUGUCUGUCAUACGAGACAAGCGGUGACCAUAGCAACCGCCUGCCUGCGGUGGACCUAGCAAAAGAUCGGCUGUCCCACAAGCCCGUGAAGACCUCCCCAUCCCAGCUGCGGCGCCUGGCAGCCCAGGUGGACGGGACCCGACUGUGGGAGACGCACCUGAGACCCAUCCUCAUCGAGCGGCUGCCCGGGACCCAGGGCAGCCUGGCUGUCAGGAAGCACAUCACGUCCACGCUGAGCUCUCUGUCGGCCGGCUGGACGGUGGACCUGGACCCCUUCCAGGCCCCCACGCCCCGAGGGCCCGUCACCUUCACCAACCUGGUGGCCACGCUGGACCCCUCCACCCCCCGCCGCCUGCUGCUCUGCUGCCACUACGACUCCAAGGCCCUGCCCCCGGACGCCCGGGCCCCCGAGAAGGUGUUCCUGGGGGCCACCGACUCGGCCGUGCCCUGCGCCAUGAUGCUGGAGCUGGCCUCCGCCCUGGACGGCCUGCUGGGGGCCCUGAAGCAGCAGCGGCCUGCCGUCACCCUGCAGCUGGUGUUCUUCGACGGCGAGGAGUCGUUCGAGGAGUGGACCGCGGCGGACUCGCUCUACGGCUCGCGGCACUUGUCUGAGUGGAUGGCCCGCACGCCCCACCCCCCCGGCUCCACCCACACCACCUUGCUGCAGGCCGUGGACCUCUUCGUGCUGCUGGACCUCCUGGGGGCGCCAGACCCUCUGAUCGCCAACCACUUCGACAACACGGCCCGCUGGUUCGACCGCCUCAUCGCCGCAGAGAAGCGUCUCCACCGGCAGGGUCUGCUGACCUCCCACCCCGCUGAGCAGAUGUACUUCAAGAAGGAUGUGUACCUGGGCCCCGUGCAGGACGACCACAUCCCCUUCCUCCACAAAGGGGUCCCCAUCCUGCACGUGAUCGCGACCCCCUUCCCGGCCUUCUGGCACACGCUGGACGACACGGAGGACAACCUGCACCGGCCCACGGUGGAGAACCUGACCCGCAUCCUGGCCGUGUUCGUGGCCGAGUACCUGGGCCUGUGAGGGCCUCCGCCCCACACCCUCUGGGGCCCGACCGGGACGGAGCGUCACCACACGGAGGAAGGCCCCCGAGGAAGAGGAGGGUGACCCGCUGGGGACGAAGCAAGGUCGGACAACGCAUCGACAGAACUAAAGCCUGAGCUCCGGUUCCUCGCUCCGUCCCGGCCUGUGAGGCUCACCGUGGAGGAGGAGAACCGGUCACAUGGGGGAUGAGGAGGCUCACCGUGGAGGAGGAGAACCGGUCACAUGGGGGAUGAAACAGUGCUCACUUUACCAAAGACUUCGCUAGGGUGAGUUUCUGGACUCUUUUCUUGAGUCGCCAAUGCAUUGAGUUUAGCAAAUUAAAUAGUGAGACUUUUCCACUUCAAUGUCUGGUGAAACCUGCCUUGUUCAUGGUACGUCUUUACAAAUCGCAGAGGAAACCAUCAUGUGAAUUUGAAUGAAUCUCUAUUCAGGAUUCGGUUAUCUGUCUGUCCGUCUUCAGUAUCGCAUGAAUAUACCUCUCUACCCACGGACAUUCUCCAUUUCACGUUUCCCCAACAUCUAGGGUUUGAAAAACAACACUCAAUAAACUUGGA